AUGAACACAGAGGAAAAACAAGAGCUCAAGUCAUCACAAGAUGAAACGAUGGGUAUGACAGCUUUUUUCAACUUAGAACUUUCACUAUAAGACUUACAUUCCAUACCGUAGGCUAAUAAUCUUUAUUGUUGCAAAAAGGAUGUUGUGCAUAGUGCAAUGGUCAUAAGUUGACUUACAAAAGAAAAAUGGUGGCCAAAAAAACGUAUACGGUUUGAGAUGUGUGUUAGGCUCUGUAUUAAAGACUAAGAUGGUGAUGGUCUCUUCACAGACAUUAGCAGCGCUGUGACAGAUGAGAGGCCACAGGCAGAGGAGGAGGAGGGAGGAGAAGAGGCAGGGCAGACACAGGGAGAGGAAGAGGAGGCCCCAGAGAAGAACUCAGAGAGUGGAAUGGAGUGCUCGGAACCCACAGGAAACGAAGGAAUGACAGGUACGAAACACACGUUGUAUGAGACGUGUCCUAAAUUGUUCAUGAGAACAUUGUCCCAAAACCAUGCUGUAUUGACUAGUUUGACCCACUUGCGUUCAAUACGCAACCGACCUAUGGGAUGAUAUGCAACAAGCCCUUGGGCGUAACAGAGGCUGCGAACAAAGGGGGUCAGACGCCCAGAUACUCUCUGGGACACAUUCAAAGUGUUAACCAGUCAUUGACUCCAUUGUACAGCCUGAGUUAGAGGAGUUGCUGGUAACACUUUAGUUUAAGGGUUUGUAAUAAACCAUUUAUAAACCAUUUAUUAAUCAUUCGUAAUUAUAAGUAUACAUACGUUUUUUUUUUACAGUCCCUAAUCUUAAGUGAGCGCUAUUUAUACUUUAUGUGUACUUUAUAAAUGUUUUGAGUGACCAGUGUAAUUUCUCACCAAAAGAUGGGCAGGCCAUUGGUAGACAUUCCUGCAGUACCUGGUAAAAGAAUAGACACACAACAUAUAUAUGUGUGUGAAUAACUAACUUACUAACAUUUACAGAUGUGGGAGUAAUGUUUUUUUUUUUAAUGGUGAGCAAACUGUUUUUAAAUGCCUUGUAAAUGGUUUAUUAUGGACCCUUAAAUAAAGUGUUACCGAUGUGCUGUAAGAUACAGGCUACUGGAGCUACUAUUGGAGGCCAUGCUCUUCCUUAUUUUAGUCUUUUGCCACAGCUACAUGGUGUAACCCUGUAUCUCUGCUUUUCUACUGAAGCACACCCCGCAGUUCACUGCUCUCAGGCCCUGGACUCUAUAUUUACAUUUUAGUCAUUUAGCAGACACUCUUAUCCAGAGCGACUUACAGGAGCAAUUAGGGUUAAGUGCCUUGCUCAAGGGCACAUCGGCAGAUUUUUCACCUAGUUGGCUCGGGGAUUAGAACCAGCGACCUUUCGGUUACUGGCACAAUGCUCUUAACCACUAAGCUACCUGCCUCUCUCUGUGCAAAGUUUCCAUCGCACCACUGAGCGCUUUGCAUGACAACCAAGCGCCGCUUUUCAGCACAUCUGCCACUGCUGAGACCACGGUGUGGUUUCUGGAUGGAAUAUAACUAAAGUCUCAACAAGGGUUGGUUGACACUCAGCAGGGACAGGCGUUGCAGGCCAGAGCCCAGGACUUGAGGUGUACACAGUUGCAGGUGUAGGAUAUACAGACUGUAGGACUUGGGGCAUAGCCUAUACACUGCAGGGCUUGAGGUUUACUUGUAGGGUAUGAGGUGCACAGUUGCAGGGUUUGGGGUAUACACUUGCAGGGUUUGGGGUAUACACUUGCAGGGUUUGGGGUAUACACUUGGCAGGGUUUGGGGUAUACCCUUGCAGGGUUUGGGUCUUAAACUUGCAAUGCUUGGGGAUGUAGGCCUACUCUUGCUGGGCUUAUUGGUGUGGGGCUGGGCGAUAUGGCCAAAAUAUCAUUUCACAAUAUUAUUCUCAUUUUUGACGGUAUGGCGGUAUUUUAUGGUAUUUUAUGUUUCUGAAUAAUACAAGUUUUAGGAGUAGUGCAUGACCAUAGAAUGGCCAACAAAUUCUGAUGGUUUUAUUCGCAAUCAAACUAGGACAAAACUGACAGUGAAGUAGUCCAAUUUGUUGAACUUUUACGUUAUUUAGCACUGUAUAAAAAUACCUUUAAAGACGGUAUUGUAAAAAUCCAUACCGGUAUGUGGGUAUUCACAAUAUAUUGCCCAGCCAUAUAUUGGUGUACAUUUGCUGGGUUUGAGUUAUGCACUUUUAGGACUUGGGGUGCACACUUGCAUGGUUUGGGGUAUACACUUCUAACUUGAAAGGCUAUGCUACACUUUUGGGGAGGCUAUGCUCUCAAUCUAUAUGUUCAGAAAAAGAUGAAGCAUGGUUGUUGUUUUCUUUUCUUUCCUUCAACGUUGACUGAGAGGUUUCUCUAUGCCACCUUGUCCUGCCCUGGUUAUGGUUUCUGAGCAUUGAAAGGAAAUGCCUUGCUGUUCUCUCCGAAGCACAUCUCCUAAAUCUUUCUCUGAAACUCUGCCUUGGCCUAAAUUAGACGUGCUAGUGUCAAUAUAUUAAAAUAUUCUAACCAUAAAUACAAAUGAAGAAUUGGAGAUGUGGCAUUUAUCACAGAGCCUUGUAGACGUUUCUGUCUGAUGCAUGGCCCCGUGGAGCUCUGCUAACCCAGCUAGCACAUUUGGUGCCUUGGGAAGUUAUAGGAAUUUAUAUUUUUGGUUUCACAUUGGUUGUGGGAACUAAGCCAUAUGUUUCCUCACCGGUGAAACUGAAAGUUUUUUAAACGUUCUGAGGACAUUUAUUUUUAAGUUGCAAGGAGGUUAUGAGAAUGUUUUACUCUGGUUCCUUGAAAGUUUUCCUGGGAGGUUUUAUUAAAGCUCUGAGAAUGGAAAUGAUCGGUUAUUUGAAGUUUUUUAAAAAACUUCCUUAAAGCUUUCACUUAAUGUUUCAAUAAGACUUAAUAACACUGCUAGCUUAUUGUGGGUUAACUUUUUUGAAAUCCAAGCACAGAUAGGACACAUGAAAAUGAAUUUCCUUAAGCAUUUAUCUUGCAAACACUUUUCUUUUUUAUUGUGACACGCCAUGAGUGAGAUUCAAAGUUGAAUGCACCAAUUUGUAAGUCGCUCUGGAUAAGAGCGUCUGCUAAAUGAUGUAAAUGUAAAUAAUCUUCUGUUCUUUAUCAAUAGAAUUAGUCCACUGCACCACCAGGAUGGAGCUAGCAUGCCAUGUUUUCUUUUUAAGCAUACAAAGCUGUUUAUUUUAGUUUAUUCAAACAGACCCCAUUUAAAAGAAAACAAGCACUCAUUAAUUAAGAUCAGGUGUGGCCAAUUAGUGGGCACGGCCAACACACCUGAACACACUUAACAAGAUAGAGGAUAGAGAGAGUUUUGUUGAUGCUGAGGAUGGAAUGUAAAUCUUUUUUAAUCUCUGAACGUUACAAAAGUUUUCUUGUGGUUUUUAUGGGACGUUUUCUUCACGUCCUGAAAACGGAAUGUAUGUUUUUAAAUAACAUUCUUAGAAUGUUCUUGUGGUUUUUAUGUAAAGUUUUCAUAACGUUCUCUGAACAAUUUGAGAACAUGUCUUUAAAUAGAACCAUGAGGAAACCUGUAGGAAACGUAAUUGCUGAAGUACUGAAAUUCUCACAGAAGAAUGUUGUUCCUUGAUGUUCUUGGAACAAUUUGAGAACAUUAUUUUAAAUGGAACCAUGAGGAAACCUGUAGGAAACGUUAUAUUGAAGUACUGAAAUUCCCACAGAAGAAAGUUGUUUCUUAAGUUUCUUAACAUUCUCGCAACAAUUUGAGAACAUUCCCAAUAUCAAACCAUUUGGAGAACAUUCCUAGAACAUUACCAACAUUUAAAUAAAAAGUAACCAUGUUUGAACUUUUAGGAAACAUUCUGUUAAAGUAGUGAAACACCAAGAAAAUAAUGUUUUUUUUGUCAAGUUCCUUAAAAUUUAGAAUUUUCCAAAGCCAAGCAACUAUCCUGCACCAUUCCCAGAAAGUUUUGGGAAGGUUGUAUGCAAAAUAAUCAUAGGACAACCAUGCUCUCACCAAGCUCCAAGAAACAUAUGGUUCUCAGAAUGUAUGUGCUAUCUGGGAAGCUUUUUGAUAUCCAUAUUUGUAGAAUCCUUUUAUUUGAACAGUGAGAGACAGAAUAACAACAAAAAAAUCCAGAAAAACACCAUGUCAAAAUGUUAUAAAUUGAUUUGCAUUUUAAUGAGGGAAAUAAGUAUUUGACCCCUCUGCAAAACAUGACUUAGUACUUGGUGACAAAACCCUUGUUGGCAAUCACAGAAGUCAGACGUUUCUUGUAGUUGGCCACCAGGUUUGCACACAUCUCAGGAGGGAUUUUGUCCCACUCCUCUUUGCAGAUCUUCUCCAAGUCAUUAAGGUUUCGAGGCUGACAUUUGGCAACUCAAACCUUCAGCUCCCUCCACAGAUUUUCUAUGGGAUUAAGGUCUGGAGACUGGCUAGGCCACUCCAGGACCUUAAUGUGCUCCUUCUUGAGCCACUCCUUUGUUGCCUUGGCCGUGUGUUUUGGGUCAUUGUCAUACUGGAAUACCCAUCCACGACCCAUUUUCAAUGCCCUGGCUGAGGGAAGGAGGUUCUCACCCAAAAUUUGCGGUACAUGGCCCCGUCCAUCGUCCCUUUGAUGUGGUGAAGUUGUCCUUGUCCUUUGCAGAAACACACCCCCAAAGCAUAAUGUUUCCACCUCCAUGUUUGACGGUGAGGAUGGUGUUCUUGGGGUCAUACGCAGCAUUCCUCCUCCUCCAAACACGGCGAGUUGAGUUGAUGCCAAAGAGCUCCAUUUUGGUCUCAUCUGACCACAACACUUUCACCCAGCUCUCCUCUGAAUCAUUCAGAUGUUCAUUGGCAAACUUCAGACAGGCAUGUAUAUGUGCUUUCUUGAGCAGGGGGACCUUGCGGGCGCUGCAGGAUUUCAGUCCUUCACGGCGUAAUGUGUUACCAAUAGUUUUCUUGGUGACUAUGGUCCCAGCUGCCUUGAGAUCAUUGACAAGAUCCUCCCGUGUAGUUCUGGGCUGAUUCCUCACCGUUCUCAUGAUCAUUGCAACUCCACGAGGUGAGAUCUUGCAUAGAGCCCCAGGCUGAGGGAGAUUGACAGUUCUUUUGUGUUUCUUCCAUUUGCGAAUAAUCGCACCAACUGUUGUCACCUUCUCCCCAAAGCGCUUGUGAUGGUCUUUACCCUUUCACCCUUUUUAGUCUAAAAUUGUCCCUGACACCCUUGGAGGCUCUUUGGUCUUGACCUAAGUUUGAUUAUUGAUUGUUUGCUUCUGUGGACAGGUGUCUUUUAUAAAAUAACAAACUGGAUUGGGGAGCACCCCCUUUAAAAGGGGCUCCAAUCUCAGCUCUUUUCCCUGUAUAAAAGCACCGGGGACCCAAAAUCUUUUGAUUGAGAGGGGGUAAAAAUACUUAUUUCCCCCUUAAAAUGAAAAUAAAUUUAUAACUUUUUGACAUGUGUUUUUUUGGUUUUUUUUGUUUUUAUUUUUUUCCCCAUGUUCAAAUAAACCUACCAUUAAAAUAGACUGUCAUUUUUUUGUAGUGGGCAAACGAAAAAUCACAGGGGUAAAUACUUUUUUCCCCUUAAGUUUUAAACAUACCAACAUUUUUCUUUAAACAUGGGGAAAAUACAACUUUCGGGCUUAAAGUGCAAUCAGCAGUUGAAACAUUAACAAAGCGGCCUCACCAACCCUGGUUCGGUUAAAAGCUGAGGGAUGGGGCUGGAGAAAUGUAAUCACUCUCAAAUUCAUAGACAGAGCUAAGGAUGCAAGGAUUUGACCAUCCAUGAUAUCAAAAUUAUAGUUUUGACCAUGUUUUGAGGCUAAUAGUUUACAUUUCUUUGUUUCAAAUUUGGAGUAAAACAAGUUAUUUUGGGUUCUGAUGGGUUACGACAGUUGAACUAAGCUCAUGAGGCAUUUUAAGUUAAUUCUUCAGAACAAUGGGUACAUAUCAUUAUUAUAAUCCAAAAAGAUGUAGCAACUGCUGAUUUCCCCUUAGUUAGUAUCUGUUUAGAAACCAGUCAGCUGUAUCAAACUAAAGUUUAAAAUAGUUUGAACAAUUACGAUCAGUACCCAGAUGAAAGAAGUCAUUGAACUUGAUGAAGAGGAAAAGAGAAGCAAGGGUACAGAAAAAUAAAGGGGAAAGGGGAGAGAAAGUGAAUUCCCCUUAAAGCCAGCCGUCUCUUUAAACCAGUCACUGAGAACAGGCCAAAACGCCUUUACAAUUCGUUUUACCACCACAACAUCAGAACUAGUUCAGUUCAAUUACCAGGUGCUCUGAAGUCCUAUACCAGGAGGGAUUGUGUACAACCCAGCCCCCUGUAGUCCCAAACGUCCCUGUGAUUGCUGGGGGGAAAAUUAGACGACAAUGGUUUAGUUCCAAGAUUAGUUCAAUAAACAUGACAGCGUUCACUUGAUGACACAUUUAUACGAGCAGCUCUACGUUACUUACCCUACGGAUACAUAAAUGAAAUCUGUAAAAAAGUACAUCCCCAAGGGUUUCCUAGACGUUCUGGCAAUUCAAGUGUCCGAGAGCAUAUUCAGUGACAGUACUACCACCUGAAUCCUUCCGACGCAAGCUCACUAAGCAGGCAGCUCAACUGUGACGUCUGUGGCCUGUCCUGCGUCAGCAUCAAUGUGCUGCUCGUGCACAAGCGAAGCCACACCGGUGAGUAGCACAGCCAAACCAACCUUGCUGAUUGUUUGUUUGAUAAACUUAGUAGAUCAAGGUGUUUGAUUGAAAGAUUUGUGUUUCAAUAUAUAAAGUGACUCAUGCGUUACACUUUGAAUUGACACAUUUGACUUUACAUGCACUCUACAUUACUUGCCCUAGUACUGAUUACAUGCAAUUUCAACAUCUGCUAUAACACAGUAAUUACUAUUCACUCAACGGUUUGCUUUAUUAGACGUGUGGAACAAACCAAGUGUUCCUCAUAUUCAGUUACAGUACUACUGAGAAAUACCAGUUAACGUACCACAGUAGCUCAACUACAGUAUAUGCUACAUAACUACUGUAUCAGUAAGUCUUGGCAGUGUUGACAGAGUUUCUCCAUGACAUAGGAUCCCUGUGUUUUGCCCUAUACCCAGGUGAACGUCCGUUCCACUGCAACCAGUGUGGUGCCUCCUUCACCCAGAAGGGAAACCUGCUUCGCCACAUCAAACUGCACUCAGGGGAGAAGCCCUUCAAGUGUCCCAUGUGCAGCUACGCCUGCCGCAGACGAGACGCCCUCAGUGGACACCUGCGCACUCACUCAAGUACCUAUCCACCAUCUGUGUGCCACCUGCGUUUACAUAUGUAUAACCACACAUGCACAGACACAUGCAUAAUAUAAUAACACAAACUCAAGUAUUUUCCACCUGUUCGCACUUACUGUACAAAAUAUAUGCGUACACAUGCAAACACACACACACACACAGGUACCUAUAACCAGUCUGCACACAGUGAUUUAGAUAUACCACUUCAUGUUUACAUUUACAUUUUAGUCAUUUAGCAGACGCUCUUAUCCAGAGCGACUUACAGUUAGUGUAUACAUUAUUAUUUGUUUAUUUUUUUCAUACCCCCUGUGGGAAUCGAACCCACAACCCUGGCGUUGCAAACGCCAUGCUCUAUCAACUGAGCUACAUCCCUUGGGCCUGUCAGUGACGUUCAUUUAAAGGAGGUUCUUGCAGAGAUCGUAGUUAACCCAUUAUUUAACUACAGCCUCAGUAAGCAAAGUGUACAGUGCCUUGCAAAAGUAUUCAUCCCCCUUGGCGUUUUUCGUAUUUUGUUGCAUUACAACCUGUAAUUUAAAUUGAUUUUUAUUUGGAUUUCAUGUAAUGGACAUACACAAAAUAGUCCAAAUUGGUGUUACUUGUUUCAAAGAAUUCUAAAAGAUCAAUAACGGAAAAGUGGUGUGUGCAUAUGUAUUCACCCCCUUUGCUAUGAAGCCUCUAAAUAAGAUCUGGUGCAACCAAUUACCUUCAGAAGUCACAUAAUUAGUUAAAUAAAAUCCACCUGUGUGCAAUCUAAGUGUCACAUGAUCUCAGUAUAUAUACACCUGUUCUGAAAGUCCCUCAAGGAAAACGCUAUGUCUGGCGCAAACCCAACACCUCUCAUCACACCGAGAAACCAAACCCACAGUGAAGCAUGGGGGUGGCAGCAUCAUGCUGUGGGGAUGUUUUUCAUCGGCAGGGACAAAGCCCAGACCUCAAUCCAAUUGAGAAUCUGUGGUAUGACUUAAAGAUUGCUGUACACCAUCGGAACCCAUCCAACUUGAAGGAGCUAGAGCAGUUUUGCCUUGAAGAAUGGACAAAUAUCCCAGUGGCUAGAUGUGCCAAGCUUAUAGAGACAUACCUCAAGAGACUUGCAGCUGUAAUUGAUGCAAAAGGUGGCUCUACAAAGUAUUGACUUUGGGGGGGUGAAUAGUUAUGCACGCUCAAGUUUUCUGUUUUUUUGUCUUAUUUCUUGUUUGUUUCACAAGAAAAUAUAUUUUGCAUCUUCAAAGUGGUAGGCAUGUUGUGUAAAUCAAAUGAUACAAACCCCCAAAAAAUCAAUUUUAAUUCCAGGUUGUAAGGCAACAAAAUAGGAAAAAUUCCAAGGGGGGUGAAUACUGUAUGAUGGUUUGAAGUGGGAGUUUGUAGUUUUAACUGAAGCUCUUGUCUCACAGUAGAGAAGCCCUACAAGUGCAACCACUGCGGUCGCAGUUACAAGCAGCGCAGCUCCCUUGAAGAGCACAGAGAGAGGUGCCAUGUGUACAUCCAGAACAAAGGCAACGCUGAGAGAGGUGAGAGGCCCUGGAACACUCCUACAUACCCUCUGUUACACACACACACACAAACACACACACACUUACACAAACGCACUUCAGACAUACACACAUACACACUUUACUCUUUACUCAUGCAAACACACACACACACACACACACACACACACACACACACAUACAUACAACAUUCACAGGCACUCACUUACUCUGCUCACACAUUUGUGCACACACCCAUACACACAUACACAUUUGCUGGCUGCAGAGUUGUGUAGCUUCAUUUAAGUUCAUGGUCGUAAGUUACCCCACCAUUAGAGCUAAAUAGGUUGUGGCUGUUGCGGUGGGAGACGUUGUGUUGUAAGAAAACCAGCGGGGAAGUCAGUCAGAAGAGAUGUAGGACAAAUGUCUCGGGUGUUGUGUUCUGACUGCACCCCCCCCCAAAGUCUGUUUGGCUGCCAUGGUGGACAGCCAGGACGGUUGCGACACAAACAAUGCUGUGUUGUUUUGUGGUCGGUUGAAUGUCGUAAGUACGGCAGAUCGGUAGCGUGUGUGGUGAGGAAGCACAUCCUCGACCUGCGGUCUUCCUCCUGCAGGCCUCAGUAGUCGAUGAGGCAAAACACCAGGAAGUGAGGUCACAGGGCUCGUUAUCUUGGCUGCAAUACAUUUUUCCUUGGUUCCUCCGAGCGUGAGUUUAGUCAUUUUGUUUGUUAGUUCUGUAAAAGAAAAAACGAAUUUCACAAUCUCAAAUGCUCGAGGCAGUGGACAGUUGCAGCACAGUGGACAAAAAGCACACACUGUGUCCUUACUGUACCUCUGUACUGUUAAGAGACCUCUCUCUCUCUCGUUCUCUCUCUCUCUCUCUCUCUCUCUCUCUCUCUCGUUCUCUCUCUCUCUCUCUCUCUCUCUCUCUCUCUCUCUCUCUCUCUCUCUCUCUCUGUGUCUCUCAGCCGGUGAGGACACCCACGUGUCCAGGACUACUCACAUGGGCGCGGAGCGCGCUCUGCUGCUUGACAGGCUGGCGAGCAACGUGGCCAAACGCAAGAGCUCCAUGCCACAGAAGUUCACUGGUAAGACCAGUCUGACUCAUUCCUCACUGACAGUUCAACUGUCUUGCAGGUUGUGACCUUGGAAGGGUUAACUAGGCAUGGGCGAGUGUGUGGGCGGUAAAAGCUGCGGGUGUUUUUUUUAAUAGAUAUAAUAAUUCAAACAAAAUUAGGAAUUGCAAUUUUGAUUUGAUGAUUACUUUGUGACUAGACUGAUGAUUGCUUAUUCUUUUGAGAAAUUGCUCAUUUGGUAAUUUAAUAGAAAUGUGAUUCAUUGUAUGUCUUUGUGUAAUGGGUCUCUGAUUACUGGCUUCAUUGCUGCACCUGUCAGAUUAUUUUUACCAUAAUCUGACCCCUUGCUACUUGUUGUUGUUGCUGCUGCUACUGCUGCUAUUAUUGUAUUAGUGUUUACUGUCAGUUGCAUUUAAUUUAAACAAAUGUGAGUUUUAAUGAUUUAAGAAAAAGUGUAUCAUAUCGUUGUCUGUCUAAGCUACAUGUCUGUCUGUCUGUCUCUGUCUGUCUGUCUGUCUGUCUGUCUGUCUGUCUGUCUGUCUGUCUGUCUGUCUGUCUGUCUGUCUGUCUGUCUCUCUCCCUGUCUGUCUGUCUCUCUCUCUGUCUCUCUCUCUGUCUCUCUCUCUGUCUGUCUCUCUCUCUGUCUGUCUGUCUCUCCCUGUCUCUCUCUCUGUCUCUGUCUCUGUCUCUGUCUCUCUCUCUGUCUCUCUCUCUCUGUCUCUCUGUCUCUGUCUCUGUCUCUGUCUCUGUCUCUGUCUCUGUCUCUGUCUCUGUCUGUCUCUGUCUCUGUCUCUGUCUCUGUCUCUCUCUCUCUCUCGCUCUCUCUCUCUCUCUCUCUCUCUCUCUCUCUCUCUCUCUCUCUCUCUCUCUCUGUCUCUCUAUCAAUGCAGUUCUCCUGUCCCCACUUGCUUUGCUUGCCAAGCAGGAAUUCAGGGCAGAACGCCAGCCUCAUCUGCUGCACUGCACCAUAGGGUGGUAGACCACUGCCCUAAUUUCUCUGCCUGAUGUAUAUGGUAUAUGUUAGGUGGGUUUGGUUAACCACGCAUAGGAAUAGAAUGCCAUUAACAUGAAGCAAUCGAGGGAGAUGUGCAUUUUGCACACUGGAACUCUCUCACACACAAACGGACAAGUAUAAACAUCCAAGUUGUAGUGCUUCAUUGAAACUAAUACACUGCUACUACUGCUGUGUGUUUGAAAACUGUCAGUUUCAGUAAAUGAGUGAUUUGUCAUCACGUUGACUUCCCAAACCCAAGUGCGGUGUACCCAUUUCCAAUACCCAGGUCACACAUUCUUGUUAAGCGUCUCCGCUGAUCAUGAAGUGUUUAGUUUCGGAAUUCGAGUCGCUGCAAAAAAACAGCAAGCGUCUGGGCUAAAGAGAUCCUCCUAUCACCCAUCACCCUGACAAAUGAACUGAAAUCUUGCAAUAUGACGACCACAGGAGGAAAACAGAAGUGGUGUGUUCGACCACAGAGUUAGAAAAACAGGCGAGAGCGCGAAACGUGAGCAGAUGCCUCCGUCUCCUCUUGUGGUGGAGAAGCAGCUGUUGCAGUGGAGACGGAGAGUCCUCUUCGUCUCCUCCUCGUCUCUGUGACUGAGUCCUAAAUGGCACCCUAUUCCCUAUAGUUCACCAAAUGUCACCCUAUUCCCUAUGUAGUGCUCUAUAUGGGGAAUAGGGUGCCAUUUGGGACGCAGAUUCUCUGUCCUCUCACACCCUCUCAGUGUUCGUUCUGUGGUAGGAAACUCGUUUAUCUACAGGGUCAGCGGCUGCCUGCUAGUUCGCUAUUGUACUAGCUAUCAAGAUUUCAAUUGUACAGAAUGUGCUUUUUUUCUCAAAGUGCGACCAAGCUUGCUCUUUUGCUGCUGAAGCUCCUUAGUUAGUGCAGGUGCCUAUAUUGUGGCUCCCUCUCCACUGUACGUCUCUGGCUUUUUUCUGAGAGUGAAAUGGUUACUGCAGAGCCAUUUAUAUAGAGAUAUAUGUAUAUAUAUAUGGCCAUAUGUGUAUAUAGAGAGAGAUAUACAGUUUAUAUAUUUUUGGCUCUGGGUUAGUGGCCCCACCUGCACAGUGCUGAGUGAGUGAGUGCUGAGGCGUCUCUCCCUGUGUGGGUGAUCCAGGGGACAACGGUGUGUGUCUGGACCUGAGCUUCAACAGGGAGCUGAUCCACCGCUCCGACGUCAUGGACCCUCCCCUCACCUCCCCAGGACCCGAGAACCACCACAGCCACCAGCCCCUCUACACAGGCCGGGACCCUGACUCUGCCUCCCCCCACAGGGCCUCCUACCCCAUCCCCCUGAGCCGCGCUGACAUGAGCCCCCUGGCCCUCACCAAUGGUCACAAACUGGAGCAGCAGCAGAGCACCGGUCUCGCCUACCUGCCCCGGCCCAGCCAGGGCCACUCUAGCCUGGACUCACUCCACACCGAUCGGGCCCAGCUCUCCCAGCCUCUCAUCUACAGCCUGGGGCACCUGCUGGGGCCCAGUCCUCACAACAGCCUCCCGCACCCCCAUGCCCAUGCCCAUGCGCUCAACAUGCCCCCCCUAGAGGCUCUGAGGGUGGUAAGGGGCGAGGGGGAGGUAGGGGUUGGGGUAGGUACAGGGGCGGGGGCAGUGUACCCCUGUGUUCACUGCAGGGUUUGGUUUCUGGACUACGUCAUGUUCACCAUCCACAUGGGCUGCCACGGCUUCCGUGACCCACUGGAGUGCAAU